AUACUUCACGUUUGUUACCAAAUACGCAGAUUACAGCAAGUAGAGAAUCUGUCAAAAAUGUAUUUGUAAAUAGAGAAUGUGAUUGAUAAAGUAUAAGUAUUCAAUUUUACUGUAGAAAAAACAUGCAUUUUAGAAAUUUUUCUGCUUUUUAAUGAUAUAGGUAACGUGCUAUAAAGAAUACAGCAUCGCCUUUUGAUGAUACAGUUAAAACAGUAAUCGUCAUCGACUUCUAAAGUUCUCCAUUUGAUUUUUCUACAUUUCACUUUAAAAAGCCUUUAAGAUGAGUUCGUCAGUUGAAGAAAUUUUGGAAAAUAGAAUUAACGAAUUGGAAAAAAAGAUCUAUGGGUUGGAAAAGAAACCUAAUACUGAAGGUCCAAUGCCAGAAAACAGCAUUAUUGAAAGUGUUGCACAUGCAAAUACUUUGAUUUCUUCUGCGCUCUCUGGUCGAGAGAAGAUCAAUACUUUGGUUAAGAGGUGGCCAGAGUUAGAGAGCUAUACAGAAUCAGAUUUUGAGCCUACGGAUUUGCAAACUGAAGUGAAAUUGGAAUACAUCUUGGCCGUGGAACCAGAAAUCCGAGAGAAUGCUCAGAGGUUAAUUCAGUUAAAAGAACUAUUGCCAGUAUUAGAAAGUGAUCGUUUUAAGAAUUUGCCAGAAUUGUCAGAAAAGCUACAUGACCUAUCAUUGAUGUACGUCGAUCUUGGGGAAAAAGCGGAACAAGUGAAUUCAGAAACAAGAAGUAUGAUCAAUAGAUAUAACGAUAUUAUUAUGAAUGUUUCUAAAACGUUGAUUGCUUUGGAGACUGAAGUAAGCGAAUUAGAAAGAAAGGCUGAGCCAAAAAAAGUAAUGGAUUAAAUCAUUUUUUAUAAUUUAUAAGAAUAAGAAUAUAUUUAAACAAUUUUAUCUUAAUUAAAUGCUUUGACUUAUAAGCAAUUACAUGUUUUAUUACUUUUUAGCUUAUUUCCUAGAAUACUUGCACUCAAAUUAAUGACUAAACAUAUACAAUAUUUAAUAUUUUCAAUAUAAUAAUAACUAUAACAAUCUAUGGUUUUAUAACUAAUGUAUUAUAUACAUUGAUCUUAAUAAUAUACCUCUCUCUGCUGUUCAAAAUCUAUGCAGAGGAUACAUUUUAGUCGAUCCUUACUCGCUCUUAAUCACAUAGACUUAUUUAUACAUAAACUUUUGGAAUCUUAAGUACGUCCAUUAAAAAAUCAAGAUAAGCUAUGUAUAAAACCGUCGAGUCAAUUAA